GAAUUAGUUGGCCAGUAGAAAAAUGGCCAUAAACGUGCCAGGUUUAUUGUCGGUUGUCAUUUUUUAUUUCCUCAUUCUGGUUGUGGGCAUUUGGGCCGGAUGGAAGAACCGUGGCAAAGGAUCACAAGGCGGAACGGAACAAAUCAUGUUAGCCGGAAGGGAUAUGGGAACGUUUGUCGGUGUCCUUACCAUGACAGCCACCUGGGUUGGGGGAGGUUAUGUUAUUGGAUCCACUGAGGGAGCUUUCACUAGCGGUGUUGUAUGGUGCCAAGCUCCAUUCGGAUACGGCAUCAGCCUGAUUGUCGCUGGAUUAUUUUUCGCCAAUCCGAUGCGCAGCGCUGGAUACCACACAAUGCUGGAUCCAUUUCAGGAGAAGUAUGGAGCUAAAAUCGGGGGCAUCCUCUUUCUGCCGGCUCUUUGUGGGGAGAUUCUCUGGUCGUCGGCUAUUCUGUCUGCCCUCGGGUCUACCCUAUCCGUCAUCCUUGGAUUGGACAACACCAUCUCCGUUGUGGUUAGCGCAGCGGUAGCCAUGCUCUACACCUUGUUUGGAGGCCUUCACAGUGUAGCGUAUACGGAUGUGGUGCAGCUCUUUUGCAUCGCCAUCGGACUUACAAUUUGCGUGCCAUUCGCCUGGAAUCAUAAAGCGGUAGACACAAAGGCUUUAACGGUUCCAGGAACCUGGGAAGGAGUGAUAGAGAUUUACAAUGUUGGCGUUUAUAUUGAAAAUUACCUUUUGAUUGUCAUAGGAGGCAUUCCCUGGCAGGUUUAUUUUCAGCGUGUCCUUGCCUGUAGAACACCAAAACAGGCCCAGACGAUUUCAUAUUUGGCUGGAUUUGGAGCUAUCCUGCUGGCGGCUCCACCCAUAUGCCUGGGAGUCAUAGCCCGAGUUACAGAUUGGAAUGCUGCAACACACGGAACUAUAAAUGUCACAGUCGAAGAACACGGAAGAAUGAUUUUGCCUCUAAUGUUGCAAUUCUUAACACCCCCGUGGGUUUCCUUUAUCGGCCUGGGAGCAAUUUCAGCAGCAGUCAUGUCAUCCGCUGAUUCUUCCAUUCUUUCAUCUAGUACCAUGUUUGCCAGAAAUAUUUAUCAAGCCAUUUUCUUCACGGAUGCAUCGGAACGGCACGUUCUUCGAGUGAUGUGGGUCGCGAUUGUUGUUGUAGCCGCCCUGGCAUCUUUGAUGGCCUUAACCGUCAAUUCUAUUUAUGGUUUAUUCGUGCUGAGUUCUGACUUGGUCUACGUGUUGCUGUUUCCUCAGUUAUUGCUGGUCCUCUACUGGAACGAACAUUGCAAUUCGUAUGGUUGCCUAGCCAGUAUUUCCUCAGGAUUUCUGUUUCGGUUUCUAGGAGGAGAACCGCUAAUAGGAUUACCAGCCUUUUUGGCUUAUCCAUUUUAUGAUCCAAUUCUUGGCCAACUGUUCCCAUUCCGAACGAUGAGCAUGAUCAUUUCCCUCAUGUCACACGUGAUCGUAUCGAUUAUCGCUCGUUGGAUCUUUGUGAAUAAUUUGUUACCCGCCAAAUGGGAUCUACUCCGCUGUUUCAAUCAACCCAUAAUACCGGGCACUGUUCCAGCGCUAGCGAUCCGGCCAACCGUUCCUGUAUCGACGAUUUCGCAAUCCAGUGACCUGCGCAAAAAAAGUCAUGACGAUUCCGUAAGCGGUCAAUGUUCAAGUUUGGACAUGGGCCGGUUGUACAUACCCCGGCCGAAACUCAGGCGAAAUUCAGGUCAUGGAAUUUACCGAAGGGAGAUCGUACCUGGUUAUUCACAAGGGAGAACUACGAAACCAUUGAUAUUUCUAUCAUUGCUUUAACGUGUCGUUUAUUAAAAAUACAUCACUCUAUGGAUGACAA